AUGACCAAGUUUGCUGGAAAUUACGUGGCUAGCAUGUACGGGAAAAUAUUGGAGGAACUCACGUAUUCUCUUAACUUUACCUUGAAGAUCGUCUCGCAAAUGAGCGAGCAUGGUCUGUGGGAUGAACAGAAUCAGGCGUGGUCCGGAGUGAUGGGCGAGAUUGUAGCGGGUCGUGCGGAUUUCGCUAUCGCCGAUAUGUCGAUGACGAGCUUUCGGGUACGCUUUGUCGAUUUCACGCUGCCCUUUAUCAUAUCCAGAAACACUCUGUAUUUCAAGGAACCGGGAAUAUGUGGCGUCAAGUGGCUCGGCUAUUUUCAGACAUUCAAUUCGUGCACGUGGGCUACGAUUGUCACGCUGAUAGCGAUUGCGCCGCUUCUCCUAUCUUACAUGAAAACAAUCCGCGAAUCUGGAAGCAUGAUGGAACUGAUCUCUGAGAAUUUUAUCUGCAUUUGGGGUAUCUUCUGCCAGCAGGCGCUUAUAGAGUUUCCGAGAAGAACGUCGCUGCGCAUCGCGUACUUGACGAUAUUUUUGACAGCGGUGUUGGUAGCGGCUCACUAUUCGGCGGCGUUAGUCUGCUUCCUAACGGCGUGCACCCGCGUUCUGCCCUUUCAAACGAUAGAAGAAUUCGUCGACGCCGGCACCUAUAAAUUAAUCGUUCUACGCGGCAGUGCCGACUAC